CGGUUCCCUUAGAAUACACCACAAGACCUUUACUUGUCGUGUCAUCAAGUUGUGUUUGUCAAAGUGACAUUUGGCAAAGAGUCUUACUUCUUGGUUCCUCGUGACUCCAGACACACCAGCGAAAUGAACGUGUUACCGGUCGUGGGCACAAUCAUGGUGUGUCUCUCCCUUUAUCACGUGACGCUUGGUACUGUGAUACAGCAAGUACUAGUGAAAGUAGAGAUAAGCGUGUCACAUAAGGACCGCAUCGCAGCUCAUCAUGACCAAGAAACACUACCUCUUAACACGAAUGAGACCGGCGCCCUUGCUACUGGCAGCUCGCCGAUAGUUGUGACGUCCCCACCUUCGACUACCUUAAGAGAACAACCAUGGUCCCCUACAAGUGCAGCAACCUCAACCACAACCACAAAGAACGCCAAACCCACCACAGUUCCAAAUACCACUGAACCAGCCGUAUCUACUACUAGCAAUGAACCAGGCAUGACUACGGUUGCCUCCAAACCACCUACAACUACCACUAUCAAUGAGCCAACUACAACUAGCACCGUACCAAUAACUACCACUGUACCAAUAACUAGCACUGUACCAACAACUACCACCGUACCAACAACUACCACCGUACCAGCAACUACCACUGUACCAACAACUACCACCGUACCAACAACUACCACUGAAACAUCCACAACAUUUACAACUGAGCCAGUCACAACCUCACCAAUAGAUUCCCUUGACUUCAUCAGAAUGGCAUUAAUGGGCAAAUGCAGAAGCGAGGGAGAAAUAUGCACCAGCGGAGAAAACCUACCAUGUACCUCCAUCACAGACUGCCCACUUUUACAUCUGUGCUGCCCGUACAGCUGCGGUAACAGAUGUGUAAUACCAGCAAAGAAAAGAAUUCUGACGGGCAUUGCAGGCAACACUUCCUUCGGAUUCGCGAUUGACACAUGGUUCAACCAAUUCUCGACAGAGACCUACAGCAAUAUUGUCACUGCAAUCUGGGAUCGUACAAGAUCGGAGAAGAAUCCCCCUUCAGUCAACGUGAUGGUUGGAAGCCUAGUCACCACGCGGACCGACCCCAACGAGGCUGACCUUUGCGAGCUCUACCGUCAGUUGGAAACGCUCAAUUUCGAUUUCCCGGCACUCAGACUACAAUAUAAUCCCUUUACCAUGGAUAAGAACGCCUUGUACAUCAUCACGGGAUCGGACUCUUACAAAUUCUUCCGAUCAUUAUGGUCUCUGAAAUUGAUCUUCGAUUCGCUGUGCUAUGUUGUGGUUGAUAACACCCCUCUUGAAAACUACAACUACCUUGCUACCGAAGAGAACGGCCAACCUUGUGUCCUCACCGUCGAGCAGUUAGCUACACACGGUUUCACUUCUGAAGAUUUACCUCCGCGUCCAAAUUGUAAACGUCGCGGCAGCGCCUGCUCGGAGGCCUCGGACUGCGGCACCCUGGCUCUCACGUGCAUCAGCGGCACCUGCCAGCCCCCGGACUGCAACGCGCUCACGGCCGGACCUCAUCCACGAUGCUACCUCAACUCGGACUCGGAGAUCUACCAGUGUAAUUACACCUGGAAGCACCAGUUCUGUGAUAUCCGAGUUAAUCAAACAUCAGAAUUUCCCUUUCACUAGUGACACAACGGAGGACGUGCCAGGUUGUUGUGACAAUGGACGAGUCUUAUGCCACGAGUUCCCGCUGCGCUGUGUAGACCGGGAAAAGGUGUGUGAUAAGACCAUCGAUUGCAUCACCGGCGAAGACGAGCAUUAUAACACAUGCGAUAAC